AUGUACGACUGUGCCUGCGGCGCCACCGCUGCCACGGCUGGCGAGUUCUACCGCCAUCUGGAGGCGGCAGGCGGUCCCGCCGCGGCCGCGGCACACCACUUGCUCUCGUCCGCUGCGCCCCGUCCACUAGCCGCCGCCGCCACCCCCUCCGCCACUGCCGCUGCCCCUGCCGCCGCCGCUGCGUCCCCUCGCCGCGGCACAAGCGCCCGCCCUCAGGCGCAGCGCCGCAAUCGUACAAACCAGGCCCCCCAGCGGCGGCGCGCGGGCGCCGUCGCCUCUCAGGGCGCUGCGGCGGCGGCCGCGGCGGCGGUGAACGGCGGGCCGGAGCAGCCGCCGGCGGUCGAGCCGGAGCAGCUAUUUAAGAUCGGGGCGUCGUGGGAUGAUCUGGAGUUUGACGCAGAUGGCCAGGCCUUAUUGCUUGAGGACGACGAUGAGGAGGACGUCCCCCGCCCAUUUCACCAAAAAGCCGGCGGCCGCGGCGGCGCCAAGGGCAUCGACGGGUCCAUCCCUCAGGCGGAGGGCCGCGCGGCCGGCGGCGGCGCUGCUCCUGCGGCGGCCCCUGCCCCCGCGGCGUCUGGACAGGACCAGGUCGGCGGCAGUCGCGGCGGCGUCGGCGGCGUCGGCGCCGGGCUGAGCGACGGUUUGAUGUACGCGCUGCAGGGGUACAGCUGGCUGUCGGGCACCGUCGGCCAAGCCACGUCUGCGGCGGUCGCGGCGGCGGCGAUGGCGGCGGCCGCUGCCGCGGGCGAGCCGCGGGCGCGUGAGCGGAGGUCGCGGGAGCACGGAAAGGGGCAGGACGCCACAGCGGCAGGGCUGGCAGAGCUCAUGUCUGAGGAGAGCGACGGAGGCUGCGCCGCAGAUGAUCUGUCAAGGCCCCCCUCGGCAUGGGGCCGCGCGGGAUGGCUGGAGAGCGGCAAAGCCGUCCCGGGCUCGAGCAUGCGCCAGCGGCGCGGC